AUGUCGAUCGAAUGUUCCAAAAAAGUAGGCGAGAGUAAGAAAAGUGAAUCCCGAGGGCGUAAAAAACCUCACUGCAGGAAAAUAUAUCACGCUCAGUCUCUUUCCACGACCCUCGAGAAUCAUACCGUCCUGCCUUGGACUAUUUGGCGAUUAUGCGGUGGCUGUGGUGCUGGUAGUUUUGCUGCUGGUAGAUGCGGUGUUGGUAAAUUUGGUACUGAUGGAUGUGGUCCUGGUAGAUUUGGUGUUGGCAGAUGUGCUGAUGGUGGUUGUGCUGCUUGUAGAUGCGGUGCUGGUGGAUUUACUUCUGGUAGAUGUGGUGCUGGUUUAUGUAGUGCUGAUGGUUGUGCUGCUGGUAGAUAUAGUGCUAAUGGUUGUGCUGCUGGUAGAUGUUAUGCUGGUGGACGUGGUCCUGGUGGAUGUGGUCCUGUUGGAUGCUGUGCUUGUGUCUGCACUGCUCGUGGAUCUGGUGCUGAAAGUCAAGUUCUAGAAGUUUCAAGAAGUGUCAAGUGUCAAGUUCUAGAAGUUUUAAGAAAAAGACAGAAGAUUGAUGAUAUAAGUGAGAAAGUGAAGUGGAUUGUUGUUGAAAGAGCAUUCACGUGCCGAAUAAAAACAUGUAUUGUGGCCAAUCGUGUUCAAAAGGACAUUCUUGCCUUCCUCAACGUAGCAGCAGUUUUAUUUUUAGUAGAGGUUGGUGAGACGUUGCCUGAGCGUAAUGCUCUCAAAAUUAACACACAGCUCAUCGCUCAUGAUCUCAAGACUGGUCGAAAUAAGCCAGAAGAGAAAAUUUUUAAUCACAGAACAAAGAAUCGUCUUCUUCACCUGAUUUCACUCAAGAAAGACCAGCACGUAAACCUUCUCCGUCUUAAAGAAGAGGACUAUUACAUCCUCGAGGAUAGCAGUGAUAAAGAAGAUAUCAAUGAGCACAAUAUGAGACAGUUAUCUUUGAACUUUCACGACGUUUGA